AUGAGCCAAGCGAGGCGCCAGAUCCUCGCCAAAGGCCUCGUGGCCAACCAUGCCACUGUGCUGGACUUCUCCCCCGGGGAUGUCAACGGAAAAUCCCCUGCCUCUUCCCUGAUUCCAAAAGCGGCGGAUCUUUUCGCGGGCACUCCGAAGGGUUCUUCGAAGCGGAAGCGUGCGAGCUCAGGGGCUGGGGAUGGGGCUUCUUCCGGCAAGCGCAAGGCCACGGAGCACGGGCCGGUGGCUCUGGUUCCGACCAUGGUGGUUUGCGAUGCGGCCUCUUUCUCGUCGGCAAGGGCUAGCGAGGAAAUGGAGGGGAUAUUCAACAAGUAUCCCCUGAAAGAAGAGGCCUCCUCGGUGAAGGUGGUGGGAUCGGCGUGGCUGUCCGAGUGCCUCCGGCUGGGCUCCGCCCAGCCAAUGGGAUCGCACCUGCUUGAUACCAUCACGCCCGCCACGGCGAAGAAGUUCUACAAUAAGAGCCCUACGGCUGCCGUUUGCGGUGCAGCUGAUGCUAGUGCUGGUGCUGGUGCUGGUGCUGGUGGCAGCGGUGGAGGUGGAGCGCCAAAGUCUUCGUCGUCUUCUUCUUCCUGGGGGUGCCUCGCUCGUCCUGCUCAGUCGAAAGCGAAGGCGGCAGGGAACGAUGGCGGAGGGGGCUCAAGCUCGACCGCUGGCGGCGGCGGCACCACUGGUGCCGGUUCGGGAGGAUCCGACGGCCCGGGCGUCCUAUCCAAGGAACCGGUUUGGAGGGACGGCGGGGGUGACGGGGGGAGUAGCAGUGAGGGCGGCAGGUGGGAAGAGCUGAUGGAGGGAUCGGUGCUGCGGUGGGUGCCCGACAGAAGCAGGGUCUCCACCCAUAUAGUGGCGUUCGACAUGGACGGGACGCUCAUCAAGACCAAGUCAGGGAAGCGUUUCGGAGAUGCUGCGGACGACUGGCAGCUUUGGAACGGCAAGAUCCCGACGGUGCUGCGAAAGUGGCACGACCGAGGGUACAAGGUGGCCAUCAUCUCCAACCAGAUGGGCGUAGGCACGGGAAAGGUGGACCCGCGAAUGCUGAAGGCGAAGGUUCGGUCCGUGGUGAGGGCUCUAGGCAUCCCCGUUGAGGCCUACCUGGCUUGCCGUGACGACUACUGCAGAAAGCCUCGUCCCGGGUGCUGGGAGAUGGUGUCCACCUCCUACAACGGGGGUUUGGAUGUGGAGAAGGCGGCGUGCUUGUACGUCGGGGACGCCGCGGGCAGGCCCAAGCAGGGGACCCACAAGAAGGAUUUUUCUGCGGGCGACUUGAAGCUGGCGCUGAACGCCAAGAUCCCCUUCCAGACACCCGAGCAGUUCUUCAUGCGAUCCACGGUGCCCCUCCACAAGAACAGAUCUUUGGCGAUGUUGGGCUUCGACCCUUCCACCCUUCUAGGAAAAGGUUCGGGGGGCUCCGCGGAAAGUCUUUCGCGGCGUGAGGGAGACGGGGGGGGCGGGUUGGAGGUGGUGGUGUUGGUGGGCCCCCCCGGCGGGGGAAAGAGUACGCUGUGCAAGGACAGGCUGCCAGAUCACGCCAGGAUCAACCAGGAUGAGCUGAAAAGCCUCAAGCGGUGCGAGCGGGAGGCUGGGGAGCGGCUGAGGGGAGGGCGGAGCGUCGUGAUCGAUGCCACCAACGCGGGGCGGGGCACGAGGGCAGGGUGGCUGGAUCUAGCGCGGCAGCACGGGGCUACGGCAAGGUGCAUCUACCUCACCACCCCCAAGGAGGCGUGCUUUCAUCUGAACGCUUUCAGGGGGUGCGACCCCUGGUCACCGGAAGGGGAGCGUCGCAAAGUCCCCGACGUGGUGAUUCACACGUGGUUCAAGUACGUCGACCCUCCGCACAAGAACGAGGGUUUCUCUGAGGUAGUCCACGUGCCGUUCAGGAUGCGGGAUCUUCCGCACCAACCCCAAGGCGGAGAUGGCCAAUCCGAGCGCGACUUGCUCCUCAUGUACCUGGUUCCGAAAUGA